UCUGGACAGUGACAUCACAAGUGGGAGGGGCAGUGUCUGUGUUUACUGGAGACUGGCAGUGAAUUCAGAAUACAGUUUUUCUCCGUACUAAAAAUCAAUUCCCUAUAACCAAAUAGACUUUAAAUUAAAAAAAUGAAAUGUUGGAACCUGCACUAGGUCAAGUUUUCAAUUAUUUGGCAAAUCUGUCCCAGAAUGUUUAUUUUGAAAACUAUGUCCAAAACUCUCAGGCAGUCUAUGGCGAGCACAGACACUGCCCCUCCCACUUGUGAUAUCACUGUCCCAGUGAAUGCCAGAAGUUGCUAGCACAGCCUCCGUCUCAAGCUGCUGACAUAAUUCAUUAUUUACACACAGGCUCCUCCCAAUCUCCCCAUAAACAGAGAGCACAUGGAAAUCUUGAGAACAGACCAGAACACUAACUAAGGAAUAUAAAAGUGCUGGGGCUGUGACUGGCUGCAGUACUGACAAGUAAGAAAGCAGAAGAACACAAACAAGCCCAAUCUCUCCAGCUCUUCUCUGACAAGAAGCUCCAGGAAAUCAGCAGAAGAUGUUUCCUCUCAGCCUCCUACAGCCCUCACACUCCCCUCUGUGUCCCUGCAGCCAACCUGCACUCACACUCUGGCCAGCCACUCGCCUCAUCUUUGGCCAGCUGGAAGAUGACAUUCUGAGCAUGAGGAAUGACAUAGAGAGGAGAAUGCAAUGUAUGAAUGAAGCUUGUUGGCUCCUCUCUCAGGACAUGGAGAUGAGAAGAAUAACAGAUCAGAGCCGACAGUCCAAAGCCCCAGAAACUGAGGGGACCUCUCCCAACUCAGGCAAAGAUGGGAAAGAUCACUUUGAGCUGAUGCUGGAUGUGAGUGACUUUUCUCCUCAUGAACUAAUGGUGAAAACACAGGGAAGGAGAGUGAUUGUGACAGGAAAACAUGAGAGGAAAAGUGACACCGAGGGUGGAAGGUACUUUCAUGAAUACAGGGAGUGGAAGAGAGAAGCUGAACUACCAGAAGGUGUGAAUCCUGAGCAAGUUGUGUGCUCCUUAUCCAAGGACGGGCACCUGUAUAUUCAGGCUCCUCGGUUGGCACUUCCACCUGCCCCAGAGACACCCAUUCCUAUCAGCAUGGAACCGACACCCAGUGAUGCACAGGAAAUCCCACCUGAUGCCCAGAACAGCAAUGCAGAAAAAGAGCAACAAAUGGACUGAAUUCUCCCUUAUAACACGAAAAUACUUUUAUAUGCCUAAAUAUUUAAUUAAAUUUUAACAUCAUUGUGAAUUAAAAUACAAUAUAUUAUAGUGGAAAAAUACAGUAAGUGAAAGGACUUUUAAGGAGAAGGAAAGUAGAACAUGUCUUGAAAUACCACUGAUAACUUGAAGGACUUUAUUCUUAAAAUAUUUGUUUGUAUGCUUUUCUGUAUGUAUUUUAUGAUAUGUUUCAGUUUAUAAUGACAGCUUUUGCAUUUUCUUAAUAAAGCAAAAUGAAACUAUAUUUGGUGUAUAUUGUGCUGAACCCUUUAAAAAAUAUGUUAGUUUUAAAAAUGACAUAUAUAGAGGUCAUAAUGUAUGUAAUAUUGAAACUAGUAAUUUACUUGAAGACCCCAAUGAGUUCUCUGA